CCAUGUUGGUUUACUUCUGCCCGACAAUGGAGUCAAAUUAUCGGGCAAUUCCUGUGUAGUUUCUAAAUUACCGACCGAAGCAAAAAUGGGGGACAUGGAAAUUGUAAGGCAGUUCAAUAGUGAACUGUCGACAAUCUAUGAAACCAAGCCACCUAUCUCUAAAGCAAAGGUUGCAUCUGUAACCAGGCUUGCUGUUAAAGCCAUCAAGUAUUAUAAACACGUGGUACAGAGCAUCGAGAAGUUUGCUCAAAAGUGUCGGCAGGAGUAUAAAGUUCCAGCUCUGUAUGUAAUGGAUUCUGUUAUACGGCAAUCGCGACACCAGUUUGGUGCUGAGAAAGAUGUGUAUGGACCACGCUUUGCCAAAAAUAUAAAACCAACCUUUCAGCAUAUUUUUAGAUGUACUCCAGAGGAACAGGGAAAAGUAAUUAAGGUCUUGAACUUAUGGCAAAAGAAUGGUAUAUACGCACCUGAAGUAAUUCAACCUCUUCUGAACUUACCAUCAACAUUAGUGGAGGAGAGUGAAUUGCUACCUGCUACAGAGACAGUCAAUGCAUCUGCUGUAGAAGUGCCAGAGAAUCAAGCCACCCUAGCAAUGACUAAUCCAGGUUCCACCAGUCUUGAGGAGCAGCAGCAGGAACAUUUACGACAGAUUCAGCUUCUUCAGCAGAAGCUUCAAGAGCAGCAGCGCAUAAAUGAACAACAACAACAGCAGCUGAGGCAGCAACAGCUUCUCCCACCAGGGGUGGUCACAGUACCGCAGGAAACCCAGCCUCCACACCAAACAGAAGGGAGCACAUCUGCAAUGGCGGAAUCUCAAAGAAGCAGCAUACCUCCAACAGUAGUGGGACAACAGCAGCCUAAGUUUCAACUGCAGCCAGAGGUUUAUGCACAGAUCCAAGCCCUUACAGGUAUGAAUAUACGAAUGCCACAGACAAACAAGUCUGCUGCACCAGACUCAUUGAUAAGUUCAUCUCAGGCACUUCUUCCCCAAGGGAAUGGUGAUGACUCUUUACAACCCAAUCAAAUUACAAGAUUUGCAGAUGGCUCUAAUUUUGGACCCUCCAGGGGCAUGCCUGCCUGGGUUCCUAAUGAAAUGGAUCCUGGAACUCAACUUGGUCCCCAGUCUGGAGAGGAGAGGAGACCAACUCUCAUAGAUGAUUUUGAUUAUGGGGAUGAUGAUGAUGAUGCUGCAAGAAUUGCUGAGCAACGACGGCAUUUGAUGGAGGAAGAGAGGCGUCUGAGCCAAGAAACUCGUCCUCUCUUGGGUGACUUACAAGGUGAAUUUCAGAGCACUUUCCGACCAGUAGGGGAAUCUCAUGACCGACAUCCUGAUCCUGCAGGGCCAUUUGGGAGAAGGUCUCCUGAUAUGCAUUCUAGAGAAAGAUCUCCUGGCUAUUACCAUCGAUCUAGGUCUCCAAGAAGACGGAGCAGGAGUCCUAGGUGGAGAGAUCGAUCACCUCGACGACGAUCACGCUCACCUCAUGGAAGAGAUCGAGAAAGAGACCGGGAAAGGGAUAGGGACAGAGGGCGGAAUCGGGAAAGAGACAGGGAUUGGUACAAAGAUCGCGACUCUGAGAGGGAAAGAGAUAAAGAGAGAGGUCGUGGCAGUGACAGAGAAGUUGAGAAAAGAAAAGAUUGGAUUCCAGCACCAAAGAAGGAAACACUUAGUGUUUGUAGUACAACAAUCUGGGUUGGACAUUUGGCUAAGACAGUGAUGAGGGAAAAUUUACAGGAGACGUUUGAGACCAAGAAGUUCACAGUUUCAUCUAUUGAUAUGGUCCCACCCAGAGGUUGUGCUUAUGUUGUGAUGGCAGAAAGACAAGAAGCUUUAAAAGUGCUGGUUACCUUAAAGAAUGAAAGGCUUCAUGGUAAUUACCUCAAGUUGGCUUGGGCGCCUGGAAAAGGAGUGAAAGGCAGAGAAUACAAAGAAUAUUUCGAUACAGAGCAAGGUGUAACAUUCAUCCCUUGGAGUAAGCUGGGAACUAAUGUGGAUCUACAAACUCUGAGUGAAGGAAGUUGGAUUGACCCAGAAACUGUACCACCGGGACAUCAGAACACUAUGAAGGAGGGAUCAGAGGCCGGUAGUGCAGACACAAAUACUAUUAAAGAUGAUAAAGAUCUCGGAAAUAUGAGUCAAGAAGAGCUCAUGAAGCUGGCAGCCGCUCAAGCAGCAACUGAUGAGAAGAGUACAGAGCAACCUCAGGCUGUGAACGCAAUUGGACAGGCUCCUCCUCACGUUCGCCCACCGGGACCACACAUGUUCCCAGGCCAUCCUCCUUUGAUUCCUCCACCGAUGUUGAUGCAGCAUCCGUUCCCUGGAGCUCAUCUGCCUCCCAACAUGGUACCACCAGGAGCACCACCUCCACUUAUGACAGGAGUACCGCCUCCGAAUAUAGGUGGUCCCUCACUACAUCAGUUUAAUCCAACCAGACCACCAACUGUAGGAGCUCUUAAGGGCCCGCCAGGUCCAUCUUCAAACGUAAGCAGACCUCAAGAAGGAGGGCAGUUUCAGUCAGAAAACAGCCGAUUCCCUCCUUCUGGGGUUCCACAAGAUUCUAGUCAGUUUCCUCCCAAAGAUGAGGAUGGUCACCACCAGGCCAGACCGCAUGAAGUUAAUCAAUUUCCUCCCCAUCAUCCUAGUAGACCUCAAGAACGAGGACAACAUCCCUCACACAACCCAGUCAGACCUCAGGAUGGGCCGCCUUUUCCUCACCAUCCUAGUAGAUUUCCAGACAGUCAUUUCCCUCCUGUGCAUCACGGACCACACCCAUUCCAACACCGACCUCAUCACAUCAGAAUGCCACAUUUUCAUCCAGGAGGACCUAGGUUCCCUCAUGAUCUACCUUCUCUCGUGCCCACUGGAGGACCAAUGCGUCCUCCAGACUUUGGCCCAUCUGGUCCAAAUCCUUGGGGACCAGGGCCUGGUCCUAUGAGAGGUCCACCGCCUCAUGGUAUUCCACCACCUGGUUGGCCAGAGGGUAGACUACCAGAGGAUGCUCAUAAUUCUGAGGCGCCUGAAGAAUGGAAUGAGCAACAAAAGAAAGGUGAAGAUCAUACGGAAGAGAUAAACACAGCUAACCAAGAUAAAACCAUUGAUAUCCCCAAUGAAGAGCGAGACCGAAGGCCAAGAAAGGAGCAUGAGGAUCGAGAUCGUGAACGGCCUCGGGACCGAGAUCGUGGACGUGAUCGAGAUGAUCGUGACCGUCGAGAACGCGACGAUCGUGGUCGAGGCCGAGACUGGGAUGACCGUUUUCGUGAUCGCGGUCGUGAUCGCGAUCGUGUUCGCGAUCGUGAACGUGACCGAGACCGUGAAAGAGGGCGUGAUCGUGACCGCGAUCGUGAUGACCGACGACGUGAGCGCGACGAGCAUCGAUCACACAGGGACGUCAAUGGUGAAAGGGAUGCUUCUAGGAAUGGUUCGAGAAGAAGAAGUAGGUUUGAACCACUCGAACAGAAACCUGACCCAACCGAGUUAGAAGCGGGAGAAAGGAAUAGCAAUGAAAUAAAAGAAGCUUCCGUUGAUGGUCCUUCAGCACUUCCUCAAAAUUUGGAAGUUGAAUCUAGAGGAGAGGAGGGUGAAAUUGUAGAUGGAAAUGACAAAGAAGGUUUCGAGAAUGUAAAUGCUCUCAAGGACAAUGAAGACGGAAGCUUUCCUAAUGAUUGCGAAACUUUAAACGUUCCUCAGAACAAUGAUGAAAACAAUCCCAAAGAUAUCGGAAAUGUAAACAUUCCCCAGGAUAUUGAUGCAAUGAGCAUUCCCACAGAUGUCGAUAUCGAGAGCAUUCCCAAAGAUGAUGACGCCAUAAAUACUCACAUGGAGAUUGCACCUGAGAACGGUCCCAAAGUCAUGGAAAAUGUAGACACUUCUCAAGGAUUUUACGAGCAGAAUAGCUCCAAAGAAACUGUUAAUUUAUUGAACUCAGAUACCAAAACUGACGAUGAAAUCGAGCAAGCAAAUUCCAGCUGACUGUUUCACAAACAAACUUUUUGGGGGACUUUGCUUUUUAUCAAGUGUCCUAAUAGUUGAUUUUAUCAUGUACUCCGGUCAAAACCGCAUUUUUUUUUUUUUAUCGAAAAGCAAUCUUUUGACGCGCUAUCUAUCCACUCCUUUUUUCGUUUGAAUUGUAAAUCCUUGGACUUCAACUGGAAAAAUUUAAUUUUCCGUAGAAGGCGAAUGUUAUCGCUGAGAGAAAUUGAACAAUGAAUUUUUGGCAUAGGUCUCUCUAUCUUAUUAAUUUCACAAUAAAAUUACGGCUGGCCAUUCAA